CCUGAGAUGGCAGCAAUGGCAGAAUUCAACAACGUCCACUCAGUGACUGAAAUGCCAGAAGGAGACGAUGCUAAACGCAGUUUCCAUCACAGAAUGUUCUUGGAACCCCAAGAGAAGAAGAGGAGCAUGAAGGCUCUGAUGGUUAAGCAAGCAAAGAAAACUUGCAGCUGCACUCCAGCCAAAGUUAAAGACUAUGUUUUCAGUUUCUUUCCUGUCUUGCAGUGGCUUCCUAAAUACAAACUAAGAGAGUACCUACUGGGAGACAUAAUGUCUGGUGUGAUUGUGGGGGUGUUACUAGUCCCACAGUCAAUUGCCUAUUCUCUCUUGGCUGGGCAAGAGCCUAUUUAUGGCCUUUAUACAUCCUUUUUUGCCAGCAUUAUUUAUUUCAUAUUUGGAACCUCCCGCCACAUCUCAGUUGGCAUCUUUGGUGUGCUUUGCCUGAUGGUGGGACAAGUGGUGGAUCGUGAAAUACAGAGAGCUGGCUAUGACUUAGAACCAGCUGCGCUCAGUGUCCUCACAGAUACAGCAGCGUACGUAAACACCACCAUUUUGCCUGUGAAUCAGACAUUGCAGAAGCUGCUCUGUGACAAAAGCUGCUAUGCAAUUACAGUGGGAGCCACCAUGACCUUCAUAGCUGGAGUUUAUCAGGUGGCCAUGGGUUUCUUUCAAGUGGGCUUUGUCUCAGUGUACCUCUCCGAUUCAUUGCUGAGUGGAUUUGUCACGGGUGCCUCCUUCACCAUCCUAACCUCACAAGCCAAGUAUCUCCUGGGCCUAGACAUUCCACGGAGCAGUGGCAUCGGCUCCCUCAUAGCCACGUGGAUAAACAUUUUCAGAAACAUACACAAGACCAACAUCUGUGAUCUCAUCACCAGCUUCUUGUGCUUUCUUGUACUUAUCCCAACCAAAGAGCUUAAUGAAUAUUUUAAAUCCAGGCUCAAGGCUCCAAUACCAGUUGAACUAGUUGUGAUUGUGGCAGCUACUCUGGCAUCUCACUUUGGGAACCUGAGAGACACUUAUGGCUCAAGCGUUGCUGGACACAUCCCAACUGGGUUUCUGCCACCCCGCCCUCCAGACUGGAACCUAAUUCCUAAUGUGGCCUUGGAUGCUAUCCCCAUAGCUAUUAUUGGCUUUGCCAUCACUGUCUCCCUCUCAGAAAUGUUUGCCAAGAAGCAUGGUUACUCCGUGAGGGCCAACCAGGAAAUGUAUGCCAUUGGCUUCUGCAACAUCAUUCCCUCUUUCUUCCAUUGCUUCACAACAAGCGCAGCUCUUGCCAAAACUCUUGUCAAAGAGUCCACAGGCUGUAGGACACAAAUGUCUGGCAUGGUGACUAGUUUGGUAAUCCUACUAGUCCUCCUUGUGAUUGCACCUUUAUUUUAUUCCCUUCAGAAAUGUGUCCUUGCUGUCAUAACCAUUGUAAACCUCAGAGGAGCCCUGCGCAAGUUCAAGGACCUGCCAAAAAUGUGGCAUUUGAGCAGAGUGGACACAGUGAUCUGGCUAGUUACUAUGGCAGCCUCAGCACUCAUCAGUACUGAGAUUGGUCUUUUGGUUGGUGUUUGCUUCUCUAUGCUCUGCGUCAUUUUCCGAACUCAGAGACCGGAGGCACCGCUGCUUGGCUGGGUGGCAGAGUCUGAGACAUAUGAAUCCCUGUCUGCUUACAAGAACUUGCAAACCAAGCCAGGGAUUGUCGUGUUCCGAUUCGAAGCACCCCUCUACUACAUCAACAAAGAGUGCUUUAAAUCCACCCUGUACAAGCAAACUGGAGUCAACCCAGUCUGGGUGAAGGAAGCGAAGAAAAAGGCAGCAAAAAGAAUGCUUAAAGAGAAAGAGGUGGAUUCUAGUGGCAACCAGACCAGCAUCUCCAUGGAUUUUGUUUCUGAACCUCUGGGGUUUCACACAAUAGUGAUUGACUGUUGUGCAGUACAGUUUCUGGACACAGCAGGAAUACGCACGCUCAAAGAGGUCUGCAAGGACUACAGGGAGAUAGAUAUCCAGGUGCUACUGGCCCAGUGCAAUCCUUCGGUGAGGAGUUCCCUGAUCCGAGGAGAAUUUUUUAAGGAGGGGGAGGACCACCUUCUCUUCCACAGUGUGCACCAGGCUGUGGACUUUGCAUUGGAUGCACAGGGGCACAGUGGGACCAGCACUUCUAAGAACUAGCAGUGGAAAGGCUGCAAAUUGGAACAAAGCCUGGGAAAAAAUGGCUGUGGGUCUGUAUGUCUAUGCAAUAUAUAUGCACUCAGACAAAAAGAGCCAGGGUUGUUAACACACUGGUUACUGUGCAGUCUGUUUUGAUGCUUUAAAUUUGCCUGCCUGGGUAUAGUGAUUCAAUAGGUGGUACUGAAUGAAGGAAAUUUUUUAACUUGAUUAUGGCCAAUCUGUGAAUCUAAGAGUUUUCAUAUGAUUGUUCAUCUCAUUUCUCUUCUCUCUUGAACUUUCUAUGUCUCAGUUCCCCUCUGAGUUUUGAUUGUCAGCAUUGAAGUCUUUAUUGCAACCCUAUCUUUAUGGAUCAGACAGAAUUUUGAAGUAGUCUAGGCAGCCUGUCCAGUCAAAUAAUGAGAGGCAACUCAUUUCUUGUCCCUUGUUCUGGCAUUGCUUUUCCAUAUCACCACAGCCUUGUAUUUUCUACAAAUGACUGAUGGGAACUGUUUGCUCUGGUCUUUACUGUGGAGUGAUUGGUCGGUGAUUUUGUAACGUCCCUGAAUUUGAGACAGAUAGAUAAAUAAAAUCUAAACAUGCAUGAAAAGGUCUUAAUGAAUAGCUUCUAACCAUCUAUCACCUCCAGAGGCUUUGUCAUUGUCUGCUGAGAUCCUAAUGCAGCCAGGCAAUGGGGACAUGGUUAUCUCAUUUCUGCACAGGCCUUUACAUGCCAGGAAAGUUUGCCUCUUCAGCUUGAAUUUUUCUGGAAUUAUUUUUAUUCAGAGGUGGCUGUUUAGAAGUCUGAUUCAUGCUUAUGGUCAGUUAUUUGUUUUCCUAAUGUUUAGGAGCUCUUUAGAAUUGUGGACAGUAGAUAGGGA